AUUUGCUCCUUUCUUCUAUCUCCCUACUACUUUCUUAGGCACUCUAGCUUCUGGGGCCGAUGCAUUGAAGAACAGCUACAUAUUCUUGGCGUUUGCUUGUUGAUUUGGCAACUAAUACCCUUCUGACCGCCAAGCGUGGUCUCACCUUUCGUUUUCUUUUUCUUUCUUUUUUUUCCUCCUCGAUUUCUUGUCACUGCCGUUCUCCCUUGUUUGAUGAUACCGAGGCCAAGAUAAAAAAAGAAAAAAAAAGUUCGACUCGAGUCAAAAACUUCGAAAUAUGGCGACACGUGAAGGCGGUAUUCUCGGUGGACGCGACGACCGCGAGAAAGCAACGAGAUCAAAGCGACGAGGCCAUGGUCAUGGCCACGGCCUUAUUCCAGUCAAGAGCGCUGGAGAAUCUGGACGAAAUGGCCUGCAUCCUCUCCAAUUCAUGGCCAUCAUCUGGCGAUCCAGCAGUUGGAUCUCGAGGAUCGUGAACAUCCUGUGGCCCUUUGUACCCGCGGCCAUUGCCGUCCACUACACCACCUCCCUCGCAGAUCGCCACGUGCUCAAGUUCAGCUUAGCCUACAUCGCCAUGGUGCCAUGCGCCAACCUCAUCGGCUUCGCUGGCCAAGAGUUGGCGAGGAAAAUGCCCCACAUGAUUGGCGUCCUCACCGAAACCACCAUCGGCUCCAUCGUCGAGAUCAUCUUGUUCAUGGUUUUACUAGUCAGGCACGAAUACUAUGUCAUCCAAGCCGCCAUUCUUGGCUCCAUCUUGGCCACCAUGCUGCUCUGUCUGGGCUUAUGUUUCUUUGCGGCUGGCUUACGGCGAGAACAGGCUACGUUCCAUGCAGCUGUCAGUGAGGUUGGAUCGAAUCUGCUGCUCAUCGCUGGACUGGGCCUAGCGAUUCCCACCGUCUUCGAGCGCUCGGUCAUAGGCACGGGGUUCAACCUGACCACGGCGGAGAUCGACUCCAGGGUCCUCGACAUCUCGCGCAUCGUCGCCGUGCUGCUCCUCAUCUCCUACGCCGUCUUCCUCUACUUCCAGAUGCACUCGCACCAAGGCAUCUACGACGCCGCCUUCGAGCACGACGAGGCCCGCGACGCCGACGGCCACAAGGACCGCGCCAAGGCCAAGCUGACCCUGACCGAGUGCGUCGUCGCACUGGUCAUCUCCGUCGCCCUCGUGACCUUCAUCGCCAUCGCGCUGGUCGAGGAAAUCCCCGAGAUCGUCGAGCAGCAGGGCAUCUCCGACCCCUUCAUGGGCCUGAUCCUGGUGCCGCUCGUGGAAAAGGCGGCCGAGCACCUGACGGCCAUCGACGAGGCUUGGGACAACCAGAUCAACUUCGCUCUAUCCCACUGCAUCGGCGCCACGAUCCAAACGGCCAUGCUCAACGCCCCGCUCGUCAUCGUCGUCGGCUGGGGCUCUCACCUCCCGAUGGACUUGAACUUCCAGAUCUUCGACGUCACCAUGCUGAUCCUGGCCAUCAUCGCCGUCGGCAAUUUCCUCAGGGACCAGAAGAGCGACUACCUGGAAGGGUUCUUGUGCGUCAUCAUCUACAUCGCCAUCGCCGUCGCCGCCUUCUACUUCCCGAACCCCCACGAUCUGGCCGCCCAUGGCGAAGCAGCCGCUGGGGAGGCAACGGCUCAUGCGCUGAGAAUAUCGUCUGGGAAGUUUUGAAGAUAUGCUGGAAUAAUGCAUUGAACCAAUUAUGCCAUCUUUGGCGUUGAUUAAAUAAAAUGAAGAAUAAGGGGAAAAGAAGAGGGACGAUAAUUGA